AUGUCACCAACCUCGACAGAUAUAUUUCAAGGCUGGGUGGCCCACGACGCCACCAGCCCCCUGACGUUCACCACCUUCACGCCCAAACCAUUCACAGAAACGGACGUCGAAGUUCAGGUCUCCCACUGCGGUAUCUGCAGCACAGAUCUCCACACGCUUCGCUCGGGCUGGGCCCCAACAGACUACCCAUGUGUUGUGGGCCACGAGAUCGUCGGGACUGUCUGUCGGGUUGGUUCUGGCGUCGCCACGCUGGCAUCAUCUCCCGCGUCCCCGGAGAUCAAGAUUGGUGAUCGCGUGGGAAUCGGUGCUCAAAGUAUGUCAUGUCUACGAGCUGACUGCGAGGCCUGCGCCGACGGCCAGGAGAACUACUGUACCCGUAUAACGGGCACAUACAACGGACGGUACGCCGACAAGAGCAAAUCAUACGGCGGAUAUGCAACGCGGUGGCGUGGACCAGCGUAUUUUGUCUUCAAAAUUCCCGAUGCGUUGCCCUCCGCUGAAGCAGCGCCGUUGCUUUGCGGUGGAGUGACGGUUUUCGCGCCGCUGCAGAAAUACGGGGCAGGACCGGGGAAAUUGGUGGGAGUCGUGGGGAUCGGAGGACUGGGACAUAUGGGGAUUUUGUUCGCUCGGGCGUUGGGCUGUGAUCGAGUGGUGGCAAUCUCGCGGACGUCGAGUAAGCGCAAGGAUGCGGUGGACGGAUUCGGCGCAGAUGCGUUCAUUGCCACAGACGAAGAACCCAAGUGGGCGCGGACGUAUUCGCGGACGCUAGACUUGAUUCUGUGCACUGUCGAUGCACCGGAUAUGCCUCUGACGCAGUAUCUGCGUCUGUUGAAGAUGGAUGGGGUGUUUGUGCAGGUGGGAGUGCCUGAGCAGCCGCUUCCACCCCUGAUGGCGUGGUCGUUGAUUCAGAAAAGCGUCAAAGUUACCGGGUCGAGUAUUGGGUCUCCAGAGGACAUUCGUCAGAUGCUGCAACUGGCGGCAGAACAGCGUGUGCUGCCGUGGAUUCAGAAACGGCCCAUGAACGAUGUCAAUGCUGCCCUGGCGGAUAUGCAUGAUGGGAAGGCGCGGUAUCGGUAUGUGCUGGAAAAUGGGACAGACGCGCAGGCCAAACUAUGA